AUGGACCACACACGCGACGAUAAAUUGGUCUUUGAGAGCAGCGAGGAGGUUAGCGUGGCUACGUCAUUUGAUAAGAUGGGCUUGAACGAGGAUUUGAUCAGGGGGAUUUAUGCGUAUAACUUUGAGAAGCCUUCUGCCAUCCAGCAAAGGGCUAUCGUACCUAUAACCAAAGGCAGAGACGUUAUUGCUCAGUCGCAGUCAGGCACCGGCAAGACUGGCAGCUUUGCUAUAUCGGCUCUUCAGGCUAUUGAUACGAAUGUGAGGGAUACACAGGCGUUGGUACUCAGCCCUACACGUGAAUUGGCCACACAAAUCCAAUCCGUGGUCCUCGCUCUCGGUGACUACCUCUCCGUCCAAUGCCACGCUUGCAUCGGUGGUACCAGUGUUGGUGAGGAUAUCCGCAAACUCGACCACGGCCAGCACGUAGUCAGCGGUACUCCUGGCAGAGUAUACGACAUGAUCCGCCGCCGUAACCUCCGCACGCGCAACAUCAAAAUGCUCAUCCUCGACGAGGCAGACGAGCUCCUCAACCUUGGUUUCAAAGAUCAGAUAUACGACAUCUAUCGCUAUCUUCCACCAGCGACUCAAGUAGUCUUGUUCUCAGCCACCCUCCCUCACGAUGUACUCGAAAUGACCACCAAGUUCAUGACUGAUCCUAUCCGCAUUCUCGUUAAGCGCGAUGAGAUUACACUCGAAGGUAUCAAACAGUUCUUCGUCGCUGUUGAAAAAGAGGAGUGGAAAUUCGACACACUCUGCGACCUCUACGACACCCUCACCAUCACACAAGCUGUGAUAUUCUGCAACACGCGCAAAAAGGUCGACUGGCUUACUGAUAAAAUGCGUGAAGCUAACUUUACUGUGAGCGCUAUGCAUGGUGAAAUGCAGCAAAAGGAUAGGGAUGGAAUCAUGAAUGAAUUCAGGGGUGGAAAUAGCAGAGUCCUCAUCACUACUGACGUCUGGGCUCGUGGUAUCGAUGUCCAGCAAGUCAGUCUCGUCAUCAACUACGAUCUCCCAAGUAACCGUGAAAAUUACAUUCAUCGCAUUGGUAGAUCAGGCAGAUUUGGGAUAUUGAGCAGUACUACGCUACUCAAAUAG